GAGAGAGAGAAGGGCUGAAAGAGAGAUUCUGGAAAGAGACAAUGUGCUCCUCUGUUCCUGUUCCCAGUGCGACCAGCCUUCUCUUCCCACUCUGAGAGACAAUAACAAUAAUGUUUUCUCAGAGCAGCUCUAUUGUAUCAUGGAUGGGUCUGGACAGUGACACAAAGCUGGAGCUCAAAUAACAAGGAGGGACAGUGUUUCUGAUCGGGCAGGUGGAAAGACAAAAAAACCUGAGAGAGAGAGAGAGAGAGAGAGAGCGAGAGAGAGAGGAAGUCUGGUUCAGAUGAUUCCGAGGCGCUCCGUCUAUCCAGGUCUAUGGACAUGCAGGAUCUAGCCAGUCCUCACAGCCGUUUAAGUGGAAGCAGUGAAUCCCCUAGUGGUCCCAGCCUGGACAACUCCCAUAUUACUACAAAUCAUAUGACCCCCAAUGGCACAGAAGGUGAUAGCAUCACCAUGCUCACCACAGCUGACUGGUUACUAAGCUCUGGUUCUCAGUCUGCUCCAGUUAAAACAGAACCGAUGAGCAGCAGUGACAUCACCAACCCAGUGGUUGACACUACCCUCGACAGCUUCUCAGGUUCAGUUAUUGGAACCAGUGGCUUCAGCCCAAGACAAACCCACCAGUUCUCCCCACAGAUUUACCCUUCCAACAGCAGAUCAUAUCCACAUAUUCUCCCCACCCCCUCAUCCCAGAAUAUGGCUGCGUAUGGACAGACCCAGUACACCACAGGUAUGCAGCAAGCCGCAGCCUACGCCAGCUACGCUCAGCCCGGCCAGCCUUACGGGAUCCCUGCCUAUGGUCCAUUGUGGGCAGGCAUCAAGACAGAGGGGGGCCUGAGCCAAUCCCAGUCCCCAGGACAGGCAGGCUUCCUCAGCUACAGUUCUGGUUUCACCACACCUCAGACGGGGCAGGCUCCAUACAGCUAUCAGAUGCAAGGUGGCACAUUCACCACCACGUCAGGCCUGUACGCAGGAAGCAAUUCCCUCACAAACUCGACUGGAUUCAACAGCACACAACAGGACUACCCCAGCUACCCGGCCUUUGGUCAGGGCCAGUACGCCCAGUAUUACAACAGCUCUCCCUACACCUCUCCCUACAUGACCAGCAACAACACCAGCCCCACCACCCCCUCCACCACGGCCACCUACACCCUCCAGGAGCCCCCCACAGCCCUGACCAGCCAGGCCCUCACGGACGCCUCUGCAGGUAGGCCGCAGGCCCCUCCCGCCCCUCACCCGCCAUCCCCCGGAUCGGACGGCUCCGGAGGGGGAGGCUAUGACGCCAGGGCCAGCCAUUAUGGAGAGUACAGUACAAUUCACAGUCCAUCAACACCCAUUAAAGAUUCAGAAUCGGAUCGAUUGCGGCGUGCCUCGGAUGGAAAGUCACGUGGACGAGGGAGAAGAAACAACAAUCCGUCACCGCCUCCUGACUCUGACCUUGAGCGAGUGUUCAUCUGGGAUCUGGAUGAGACCAUUAUUGUUUUCCAUUCCUUGCUCACUGGGUCUUACGCCAACCGAUAUGGCCGGGAUCCACCCACGUCGGUUUCACUAGGACUGAGAAUGGAAGAAAUGAUCUUCAACCUUGCAGAUACACAUUUAUUCUUCAACGACUUGGAGGAGUGUGACCAGGUCCACAUCGAUGACGUUUCGUCCGAUGACAAUGGACAGGAUCUCAGCACGUAUAAUUUUGGCUCGGAUGGGUUCCACGCUGCAGCCACCAGUGCCAACCUGUGCCUGGCCACUGGGGUCAGGGGAGGGGUGGACUGGAUGAGAAAACUGGCCUUCCGCUACAGACGAGUAAAAGAAAUCUACACCACCUACAAAAACAACGUUGGAGGUCUGCUGGGUCCAGCCAAAAGAGAAGCCUGGUUGCAAUUGCGAGCAGAAAUUGAAGCCUUGACUGAUUCCUGGUUAACACUGGCACUGAAAGCACUCACAUUAAUCCACUCAAGGUCGAACUGUGUGAAUAUUCUGGUCACCACCACACAGCUAAUACCAGCCCUGGCUAAAGUCUUGCUGUAUGGGCUGGGAAUAGUCUUUCCUAUUGAGAAUAUUUAUAGUGCUACCAAAAUAGGGAAGGAAAGCUGUUUUGAGAGGGUGAUUCAGAGGUUUGGGAGGAAGGUGGUCUACGUGGUGGUCGGAGAUGGAGUGGAAGAAGAACAAGGCUCAAAAAAGCACAACAUGCCCUUCUGGAGGAUCUCCAGCCACUCUGACCUGAUGGCCCUACACCACGCUCUGGAUCUGGAGUACCUGUAGCUGCCGCCGGGCUCUGGGACCUCCCGACUCCCACAGGCCUCACCACUCUGGACCAGGAGGAGCACUGCAGGGCCCACUUCCCGGGUCUCACCUGCUGGUCCCCCCACCCGGGUCACACCUGCUGGCCCCCCCCCCACACCCCCACCUGGGUCACACCUGCUGGUCCCCACGUCCGCAACGAUGGUGACUACCUACGAGGCCGUUCAUGCUCAGCUCCGUCCACACCUCCACCCUGCGUCCUUUCAACCCUCGCUACCGUCCCUCUGGCUCCACGGCCCGGUUCUCACUCCCUCCAGGCCAGAACCGGGCCCUCCUGGCAUCUCCUUCCAGCCCCCCACCCCCCCUCUUGCCCUUCACUAGAGAAAAAUGAAAGGAGAGGGGGAAAAAACUUUUUUGAACAGAAGACAGUGUAGACAUUACAGCGACACGCCGGCACCAGGCUGACGCGCGGCCACAUCUCGUCUUAACCCGACACCUUUUUUUCUGUUUGGAGAAGAGGAGGGACAGUGUGAAUAAUUUACGGCGUUGCAGCUGCUCGCCCUGGUUACUGUGAACUGGCUGCAGGCCUCAGAAGCCAUCAGUGUUUAAUGACCCAUCUGUCUGUCCAUCUGUGCCGCCCUCCCGGUCCCUACGCUGGCUGCUGUGGUCCAGACAACAGCGCUGCCGACCGACACUGAAGCCUGGAGUUGGUGGGGCUGGCCUGGGCACAGAGCUUAGAGAGAGGACCUCAAACCACCACAAACACCCCAGACUGGUGGUCACAUCCCACUCUAAGCCUCACUCCUUCUGUCUGCCUGCCUGUCUGUCUCUCUCUCUCUCUCUCUCUCUGUCCAUCUCUUUCACUGUCUGUCUCUCUCUC